CAUCAAACACAGCUCAGUCUCAGACCGCAGUCUUGUUGAAAUGCAUCCAAAAUAAGUGGGCUCGUCCGGGAUUUGAACCCGGGACCUCUCGCACCCGAAGCGAGAAUCAUACCCCUAGACCAACGAGCCGCGUGUGUAACGUGUUGAUUUCAGUCUAUGUAACCAUACCAAUAUGGUCUCCAUGGCGCACAACACUUCUGUUCAGUGUAAUUAUUUAUGUUCCUGUGUAUUCAAAUCAGCUGUCUGUUUGUGUUAACUCAUACACAAGCUCUGUUAAACUAAACUUAACUAACGUGUUGACUGCCUUAAAACCUUCGACCUUAAUUUAUCUCAAGACUAACGACAGCUGUUUUUGACGGCUAAGCUAAGCUAAACUAAGCUAGCUAGCUAAAAAUAGAAUACAAAUUACCCACAGUACUUUGCGCCUAACCGUAGUCUACAGCUGCUGCAAAGCUCAAGUGGUCCUAGAGCUAAAACAAAGCUAAAGUCCAAUCUGACUUUCUUUAAACAUGGUUGUAAAUCGAGUUUAGAGCUCUCCUUCUCCUUCUUCUUCUUCUUCUUGAGGAACCAGUGUGAAUGUAUUCGAGAUGAUGAUGAUGAUGAUGAUCAUCAUCAUGGUUUCAUAUGCAUAACUCAAGGUUCUCAUGAGGAUGUCUUCAGAAUAUCUCUGACCACCAAAUGGAUGCGUUUUUGGGAUCUCUUCGUGCUCAUGAUGUCAGGUAUCUAACAGAUAUCUCUGUCCUGGCAUCCUGUGAGCCUGAACUCCAGGAGCUCAUGAAGCAGAUCGACAUCAUGGUGAAUCACAAGCGCAGCGAGUGGGAGACAGAGGUACGAGCCUUGGAGCUGCGACUGCGUAAUGGUCAGGAUGAGCUCCAGUCAGCUAAAGAUCUGCUGGACAAGAGGAACUUGGAGGUCCAAGUGCUUGGGAAGCAGCUCGAUGAGAUGCAGGCUGGGAAACAGGAACUGGUCACAAAGUAUGAAGGGCAGCUGCAGCAUGUGAAAGAAGAGUUGUCCAAGUUGAAGCGCAGCUAUGAGAAACUUCAGCGCAAACAGCUAAAGGAGGUGCGAGAGGGAGCUCGAAGCCGAGAGGAGGACAAGAGUGAGGUUUUGCAUCUGAACAGCAAGCUGGAGGAGUUCCGUCAGCGCUCAGCGGAGUGGGAGCAGCAGCGGUUGCAGUAUCAGAGGCAGGUUGCUUCGUUAGAGGCCCAGAGGAAGACCCUGGCAGAGCAGUUCACUCAGAUGCGGUAUCAGUGUCAUGGUCCGGAACAGCUGCAGGAACAGAGGGAGAUGCAGCGCCUGCGGGCACAACUGCAACGGGCGCAAGACUCCCUACAUACACAAGAGCUGGAGCUGGAGAGAUUACGGCUGUUGCAGGACGAACUGGGAGACUCUCGCAGAGAACAGCAGGUCAGCUGCGGUGCUGCAGCUCAUGCUUCAGGCCAGGUUCUGAGUGAGGAGCGGGAGGAGCUGAGAGCUACAUUGGAUGCUCAGGAUCAAUUUGUGAGGAGCUCAGACCUGCAGCAACAGCAGCUGCGCAACGAGGUGGCUUGCCUUAACCAGGCGCUGCAGGCAAAGGAACAUGUCAUCAGGUCUCUGGAGGAGUGUCUGGCCUCUCGGAGUUCUCCAGGUCUGGCAUCUAUCAGACAGGAACUGGAGAACGUCGUCAUCAAGCUUCACUGUUCUCAAACCUGUGAGGCACACCUGAAAGCCGAGGUCACCCGACUCCGAGAAAAGCUUGAAAGCAUGCGGAGGCAGAAAGCAGAAGCAAGUAAAACAGAGCAGGAAUGGAGAAAACUGGAAGAGGAGCAUGCUCACUCUGUGACUGAAGUCAAGCGGCUACGUGAGGAGCUCCAGCAGGCUGAGCAGACUCGUUGUGCUGAGGUAGAGGCCAUGAGGAAAGAGGUGUCACAGCUCACGAGUGAACUCCACCAGCGUGACAUCACCAUCGCCACGAUUACAGGCUCCGCCUCCAGUGCAGAGCGCCAGUUGCGGGCUGAGGUGGAGCGGGCAGAGCGCCGAGCAGCAGAACUCAAGAUUACGCAAGUACAACUGGAAACUCUAAAGCUAGAGAAUCAGCACCUGAAUGACCUGCUGGAGAGAGUUGAGUUACGGUCCCCGAAGAGGACAGAUGGGGAACUGGUGAGUUUGAGAGACAGCUAUGUAUCCUCCCUGAACAGUCUGGAGCAAGAGAAUCAGCAGCUUAGGCAGGAUCUGGCAGAGGUCCGUGCUCGUAUGGAGGCUAGCAACCAGACCUGGCAGGACAAGUACGAGAGAGCACUGAUGCAGAGCCACAGCAAGAAUGUGCACACCCAUGACAGGUGUGAGGAGGAGCUGAAGGCCAUGAAGAGUCACUUGAAGGAGAGCUCCUCGCACUAUGAGCUUCAGAUCCAGACACUCCUCAAGCGACUGGAAGACCUGUCAUCCUCCUCCUACUCCUCCCACCGACCCGAUGGCCAAUCACAGGAGAGCAGACCUGCCAUGUCCCCAACACCCUCUGCUUCCUCUUCCAGAUCCUCAUCAUCCUCAGCAAGUAAAACCCAAAAGAUAGUGGCUCUGCUGAGUGCUGCAGCUGAAGAUGAAGGAGCACAGGGCUUGGGUCUUGCUGGAGACACACUACCUUUGGAGCAUUGUGUAGGUUUUCCAGCAGGCUCUGUGACUUCUCAUUUUGUGGAGGAAGAGACACAGCGUUCUCAAGAGCUCCUGCAGCGACUGGACUUCCACAUCCAUAGCAUGAGGCAGGAGAAUGCCAAGACUGUUCGCAAGUACCUAGCCAAAGACAGCAGCCCCCGCAACCCACACUGAUGCCAUGCAGACAGACAGAACACACACGCACACACACAAAGUGCCUUUUAAGAUUCAGCUAAGGACGUUUAUUUGUAUUCAGUGGCAUGGAGAUGAAAAUCAUUGUCAGUAAAUAUGAUUACUGCCACAAAAAAAGCCAAAUCGAUUGGGACCGCAUUUUGACUGCUGAGUGUUUGGUAACUUCCGCAGUCACACACACAGCACUGAAGCUUACAAUACCUCUGUAGCUAUUGCACUAGUGAAUGACCUGGACAUGGACCUCCAUUAUGACCUUUAACCUCUGACCACUGAUUUUGUGUCCUCACUGUUGUCUCUCCUUUUAUUAUUUAGAACUUUAGAAUGAUGGAUUUCCAUGCCUUCAUCCCUUUCUUUGUUCACUUUUUAUCAUUUUCUCUCUCACGCUCUCUCUCUGUCAUAUUUAUGUAUACGACUGACAAAUUUAUGUGAAACAUUUUUUACAUUUUCUUAUUUAGUGAAGAGGCUGUUUGGAGUGAAUUAAAUGAGCUUGUUUUGACAGUGUGUUUAUAGGAGUAGAUGUGUUUAUGUGAAUGAUUCAUCCUCCAUGUCACUGUGUGCUUUUGGGAGAAACAAGGUCUGCACACGAACUAUUACAUGUGUUCUGAGGGGCCGCAUCAUCGGGGCAGUGCUGUAAAGCAGAGACGUCCAGCUGAUAACAAAUACACACACUUGCACAUGCUGCUGUCUCAGUCGUUCUGAGCCACACGGGGUACUGAACAAAGAGCAAAAACAGCAAUUCACAAUUACUGUAACUGUUCAUUGUACAGCAUGUGGGUUACUAGUGGUCCACCAUCAAUGAAGAAAAGUGCAAAAUAAAAGCUUUUAUUUAUUGAA